GAUAUGAGUUCAAUCAUCAACACAUAGGAGGUUUCAAAGAGGUUUCGGACAACUUUGUUUCCACUUUCUGGCACUACACGAGAGGUUACGAUGUCACUGAAAGCUGUAGCACUUUACACCUUCCAGAGUGAGAACAAAGAGGAGAUCAGCAUACAGGAGAAUGAGGAGCUGGUUAUUUUUGAUGAGAACUCUGUAGACGGCUGGUUACAGGGUGAAAACAGCCGUGGGGAGAGAGGACUCUUCCCCGCCUCGUAUGUCGAGAUCAUUCGGCCACGUUCCAACUCAAACCUGACUGACUACUCUCUGAGCCCUGCAGGCUCCCCUGGCAAAGAGCCCUUCUUCACCCCCAGUACGAACACCACUUAUUAUGAUGAUGAUGAUGAUGACUGGGACGACUGGGAUGACAACUCUACGGUGGUCGAGGACGAAGACCCCCGUCGAGCGGUGGGUGCUAAUGGGCACUCGCAACAGAGCAACUACCCUAAUCCUAAUGUGCAAUACCGUUCCAGGCCCCACAUGGAGCGCCAGGACAGCAUCUCCAGUUCCAGGAAAGGCAGCAUGGUGGGCCGCAACCUCAACCGCUUUUCCAGUUUUGUGCGCUCGGGCGUCGAGGCGUUUGUGCUCGGCGACGUGCCUAUGAUGGCAAAGAUAGCCGAGUCCUACAGCAUCGAAAUGGGCACGCGUGGACCUCAGUGGAAGGAGAGUCCUCAGCCUUUCAUCUGCUCCAUCGAGGAUCCCACCAAACAGACCAAGUUCAAGGGCAUUAAGAGUUACAUUUCCUACAGAGUCACCCCCAGCCACACUGGCAGGCCUGUGUAUCGGCGCUAUAAGCACUUUGACUGGCUGUACAAUCGCCUGUUGAACAAAUUUACCGUCAUUUCCAUACCCCAUCUCCCGGAGAAACAAGCCACAGGGCGCUUUGAGGAAGACUUCAUCGAAAAGAGAAAGCGGCGACUCAUCCUAUGGAUGGAUCACAUGACCAGUCACCCGGUUCUGUCUCAGUAUGAGGGCUUCGAACACUUCCUCAUGUGUGUUGACGACAAGCAGUGGAAGCUCGGAAAGCGUCGUGCUGAGAAGGACGAGAUGGUCGGAGCUCACUUUAUGCUCACUCUCCACAUCCCCAAAGAGCAUCAGGACCUGCAAGACGUCGAGGAGCGCAUCGAUACCUUCAAGGCCUUCGCCAAGAAAAUGGACGACAGCGUCAUGCAGCUGACACACGUCGCGUCCGAACUCGUCCGCAAGCAUAUCGGUGGCUUCCGGAAGGAGUUUCAGCGCCUGGGUAACGCUUUCCAGUCCAUCAGCCAGGCGUUCAUGCUGGACCCUCCGUACAGCUGCGAUGCCCUCAACAACGCCAUCUCACACACUGGUCGGACGUACGAGAACAUCGGGGAGAUGUUUGCAGAGCAGCCCAAAUUUGACCUGUUCCACAUGCUGGAUAAACUAUCGCUGUACCAGGGCUUGCUGUCCAACUUUCCAGAUAUCAUUCAUUUACAGAAAGGUGCGUUUGCGAAGGUAAAGGAGUCCCAGCGCAUGAGCGACGAAGGGAAGAUGGAUCAGGACGAGGCGGACGGCAUUCGGAAGCGCUGCAGGACAGUGGGCUUCGCCCUGCAGGCCGAGAUGAACCAUUUCCACCAGCGCAGGGAGGUGGACUUUAAAGACAUGAUGCAGGCCUACUUACGUCAGCAGAUCACCUUCUACCAGCGUGUGGUGCAGCAGCUUGAGAGGACCCUGCACAUGUACGACAGCCUGUAGAGGAUGACGGAAACUCGUUCAUUAGAAUGCAGGAACUUUGUAAGCCUGUGUCAAGAGCUCAUCCUGCUUCUGCACAAGAGCUGCUUACUCUGUCUUUAUCUCCUGGUUUACAAAGACACCCACAGCUGAGACACGACCAAUAGAUUCUUGGACUUACAGAGAUGGUUAUGGAGAUGGUCAGACCUACAGAAUAUAUGCACAUGAGGACCAAACACUAGCUCAUGCACUUAAAAUGUCACUUUCUUGGCUGUCUUUCAUGGCCAAAACACAAGAUUCCAGGGACUUGCACAGUUGCCUUGAUAAACACAUCCAUAUAUUUUAUCUUAUUUUGUUUCACAUAUUCCAUUUAAUUUAAUUAUAUUUGCUAAGUAAAGUCCUUACAUCAUUUUUUUUUCUCUCUUGACCCGCCCCCAAACUCAGGCUGAAUAGCUUUUCAUGAGAAAAGUCUCACUGCCAGCCAUUACUAACCCUGCUAGCAGGCUCAGCAGGUGCUAGUACAAACUGUAUGAGAGUUCACUGUCACAUUGAACAACACUAAAAUCCGCUCAGCUGAUGAUCUAGAGCUCACAGAAAUCCUACUGUUGGAGCAGGCCGAAGUGUUCAGUCUUUAAACGUGCUUUCUGAAACACAAACUUGCAAUAGCCAACUUGAAUAAAUUUAUGGCUAGCAUGGAUUUAGCAGAAGUAGCUUUCCGAAUGGUUUCCUUCAUAUGAAAAUCAAUAAACUAGAUCUCACUCAUCAUCAUAAUUCCAGUUCAUUUUAAAUUUGAGAUUGUCUGGAAAUAUUUCAAAAUCUCUAAUACAGGGAGACUGACAGAUUAUGCUGAUAAUAUUUCAACAUCUAUCUCAAGUCUACAAAAUGGUUGCAAGUUUUGUUUUUAUGUUUGUUUUUAUCAGACAACAAAGUGAAAUGUGUUGUCUCGCCUAUGACUAGCUACUACAUCCGACAUUUAAAAUGCCGAAUGCACCAAAUGUCUGAAAGAAUGUUUUUCCAUGAAAGAACUUAGAAAAGUUGCCCCUUACACUGCGGGACUGAUGAUCGUACACUGUAUUAAUCAAGGGGUUGGGAAUUGUGUUGAUCUCGGUUGUAGAGAAUAACAAGGUGACUCCUUAUAUAGGAAGUAUUUGAAAGGAGUGCCACUUGUAGUGGUAUGUUUUUUGUUUUUGUUUUGUUGUUUUUUUUGGCUUCAAAAAAGAUUCUAGUUUUAGUUAUUCUUUUUAAAUUUUUUUUGCUUAGAUUUUAAUAAAAGAAAGUUAGUGUGCUCAGGGGUGUGUGCUUCUGAGUAAUCGAUUGUCUAAGACAGAAUUUAAAUAAAAGAAACAUUAGAUCAUGAUGAAUGUUUUGGUGCAGAUGCGUCAUACAUUCAUCCAGAUGUUACAGAUUCAUGUUAGGGGGUGAGGUUAACUUUUGUAAUAAUUUUAGAUGUUUAGUUUUUAACUGUAGCUUAAUUUGUGAAUUUUGGCACAAUUCACAAUUUCAGGUCAUUUACACAUUUCUGUCUUGAGCUCGGACUGCGCUAAAACUAGGAACUCUGAACUUUAUUUAUUAGCCAGAGCUCUCAACUCAGUUACUGCAAAUUAUCCAUUAUUGGCAAAACAGAGGCUUCUACCACUAAAUAUACAAGACAUACAUUUAUUAAGGUAUAGAUGGAUUGCAUAAUAGAUUCCAAGGUGUCAAACACCGCCCCCCCUCCCUUUCCCCCCCGGCAUUUUGCUUGCUUUGCAGCACAGUGAAAUGUACAGUAGCUGAAGGAAAGCAGUAUGAUCUAUUAAGGUAUUUUAUUACUGGCAUUUCACCCACAUGAAAAAAAGAAACUGUUUGGGGAAAAGAAGGCCGUGGUGUGGAGAUAGUUAGUGAGUCAGGACUGUUUGUGUCCAUUUGGCCAAUGAAGCACAUUCUUAGAUGGAGCUGUUUUUUGAGUAAUGGGGGAAAUAAAGUGUCCCUCCUUUAUUUGCAAGCUGUGUAAUUGCUAUCAGACCAAAGUAUCACCGUUUAUAGUUCUAGUCAAAUAAAUAAGGACUAUUUUUCCACGUCUUGCAGUAUAUGUGUGACCACAUUUGGGUGCGAUAUGGCUCAGAAAAUGCUGAAAAUGUGACAUUGUGGAAAUGACUGAGAUGGCAGAAUAAACAGAGGAAGAUGAAGGUCUACUGGAAUGAUGGCAAUGUGCCACUGGUUGAGCAUAGUAAAA